CUCGCGGCGUAUAUAAGAAGGUCCAGAGGCGGUUCGCUUCAGCUCGCGCUUGACCUGGCUCGCGAUAUCUUGUCCGCACAUCAUGAAGCUGACUGUCCUCUUUGGCGUGGCCGUGGCCCUGUAUGGCCUCCUGGGUUCAUCGCGUGCCAUGCCUUCCCCCGUGGCCGACCCUUCCCCCGUGGCAGACCCUGAGCCGGUGGCUUACCCUUACCCCGAAGCCGAAGCUAAAUCAUGUUGUUCGGGGGUGAUUUGUAUAUGUGACUAUAUAAAUCCAUGCUUGUUUUCAUGGAGAUUGUUUGGAUUUAAUAUUACAUCUAAGCCUGAUACGUGUUAAAUCAAACAUUUUAUUGGAUACAAAUGAUGGAAAUGGACAGUAUGAAGUAUGAUACAAGUAGUGAGAAGAAAGAUGGAAGUAGAGAGAAAAUAAAAAGAUAUCUACACAUGGAACAUCAGCAAAAGCAAUGGAUUAUAAAUCAACCUACGAAACCUAUACAUGCUUAGUUUUUUUUUUUUUUUUUUAUUGCUAUCGCUAUUUACAAUGGAGUUGUGGCAGAUAUAAAUGAAUGAAUGGAAUAAUAAUACUAAUAGAGAAAAUAGACAAAACAAUUUACUUUGUUCAACUUUUAUUCAAGUAAAGGGGAAUUAGCCCGCAAGAUGUAAUGUUUCGAUGUGUGCGAUGUAACUGUUAAAGUUUUAAGAAAUACUUGCUUCAGCGAAUAAAGACUUAAGACUAUU